AUGUCCAAGCAUAACAAUGCCGGCGACGUCGCUGCAGCCUCUGAAGUCAAGCGGCUGCUUGGCGAAGACUUAACGCCAUGGUACAAGAAACCCAACCUGCUCAGGCUUUACUUGUUGCUCAUCCCAGCGGCUCUGGGCGUCGAGAUGACCACCGGUUAUGACGGGAGCGUUUUGAACGGUUUGCAAGCGGUUGACCUGUGGAAUGAGCACUAUGGAAACCCACACGGUGCAACCCUUGGUGUCAUGACAUCGUCUCUGGCCAUCGGUACCGCCUUCGGCGUCCUAUAUAUGCCCUUUUUCAACGACCGAUAUGGUCGCAGGUUUUGUGUUAUUCUGGGCUCCGUCAUCGUCGCCAUUGGGGUGGUUCUUCAAACCUUCGGCAUGUUUAUCGCCUCCCGUAUCAUCAUGGGUCUUGGAUCCCCCCUCUCCCUUGCUGGCGCUGCACAGCUUGUUGUCGAACUUGCCUAUCCCAAAGAACGAUCUACUAUUGUUGGCUGUUUCCAAGGUACUUGGUAUGCUGGCUCUAUCCUCGCUGCGGGAGUCACACUUGGCACCUACAAUUGGACGACCCAUUGGAGUUGGAGGCUUCCCACUCUGCUUCAAAUUCUUCCGUCAUUAUUUACGAUCGCUUUCAUCUGGUUCGUCCCAGAAUCUCCCCGUUGGCUUAUCUCCAAGGACCGUCACGACGAAGCUCUUCAGAUCCUGAUCAAGUAUCAUGCUGAAGGUGACGAAUCGUCGAACUUCGUUGCCGCAGAGUUCUUUCAGAUCCGAGAGACUUUGCGAAAAGAAAAGGAAGCCUCUACCAAUCCCUGGAAAGAUCUUGUCAGCACCAAAGCCAACCGACACCGAGUAUUCGUCGCCAUCUGUGUUGGUUUCUUUACUCAAUGGUCUGGAAACGGGCUGAUCAGCUACUACCUGGCAAAGAUCCUUGCUCUAGUUGGCAUCACGGCUCGGUCCACACAGAACCAGCUCAACGUGGGGAUCAACUGUUGGAACCUGGUUACUGCGUUGUGUUCUAGUUGGAUGGCUGGCUGGGUGUUGCGCCGCAGGCAACUGAUGUCCGCAUAUAUCGGCAUGACAACCCUCUUCGCCUGCUAUACAGCUUGUUCUGGUGUAUAUGCUGAAGAUGGCAGCAACAAAUCCGCCGCCAUUGCAGUCGUUGCGCUGAUAUUCCUGUUCAAUGCCAGUUACAACCUCAUGCAGCCCUUCCAAUAUCUCUAUAUUGGCGAAAUCUUUCCAUUCAUUCUACGGUCCAAAGGCAUCGCUGUCAUGCAAAUGUCUGUGCGACUCGCUUCUGUCUUCAACCAAUUUAUCAAUCCCAUUGGAAUGGAAAACAUUGGGUGGAAGUUCUUUCUCGCCUAUGUUGUAUGGUUGGUCAUUGAGACUACUAUCGUCUACUUCUUCUUCCCAGAAACACAAGGACCCAGCCUGGAGGAAAUGGCGCUUGUUAUGGAAGGCGACAAGGCUGCCGUGGAAGUUGUCAGUUCCAAGGCUGCCGCAAUCGAGAAAGAACGGGUUUGA